UAUCCCCACCCCCUCAAGCCCCAUUUGAACACCAAAAUCCUUCGUCAAACCUCGGUUCCUGCAACUGCGAACAGCCCAAAACCUUCCCAAAUUUGAGCAAGUUCCACCACCCCUCCCCCCGCCCCAUAGCAAUAGUCUUCGAUUGAUCAAGUAACAUUGGCUUAACCUGUAAUGCCCGUAAUUGCUCGAAAUUCGUUGAGACCCUCAAAAUGUGUUUAUAUAAAACUAGAGGCUUCUGAGAAAACUCUAAAGUACACGUGCGCUUGACAACAGGACUCACGUGAUCCAAAAGUCACGCGAAGUAAAAGUGCGCUGUGACAUACAGAGAGGAUCAUGGCUAACUUUCUUUUGAUUUUCGGUUGGAUAGUUGUCCCUGUUAUCAGCAUUAUCUUGACCUGGUACUAUAGUCAGGAAAUUCCCAAGGGAUUGCCAGACGACCAGUUGACCGGUCUCCUUGUAAGCAGUUUUGGUUUGGAUACGCUCCGCUUUUUGGCCUAUACAGCUACUUUUAUUGGGAUGGGCAAAUCGGCACUCGAAAAUCUUAAUGGGGAACUCCAAAGGUUAUCAUCGGUGCUCCCCAAGGAUGAAGAAUCAGAAAAGUACUUGGAGAUCCAGGAUGGCAAGAUAGCCAACAUCCCUGUACGUAUUUAUAAACCAAAAAUCCAUGGAAAUAAAAUGACUACUGGUGUGGUUUAUUUUCAUGGCGGUGGAUUUACUAUUGGAAGUGUCGAUCAGUUUCAUCCAUUUACCUCGCGGUUAGCUAAAGAAGCAAAUGUUGUGUUGGUGGCUGUUGAAUACAGAUUAGCACCCAAACACACUUUCCCUGCCCAGUUCCACGAUGCUUAUGCUGUUGUUAAAACCCUUCUGGCCACUGGAGGAAAAUAUGGUAUUGAUACAAAUCGUAUUAUUGUUGCGGGAGACAGUGCUGGUGGUAAUCUAGCAGCGGCAGUUGCUCUCAAGCUUCGAGAUGAGGACAAACAUCUGGCAGCUGAGAUUCUCAUCUACCCCACACUUCAGUUCAUGGACUUUUCACUUCCCUCAUUUCAAAACCAUGACACUCGAUUAUUGUCACUGAGACAAGCAGCAGAAUACUGGUCUUAUUACAUGACAGGAACACCCAACAUGGUCGCAUCCUUUUUGGCUAACAAUCAUUCCAGGCAUCUUCGCAACACAAAGUACUCUUCUUACAUUGGGAUUGAUGAUAAAGGAAAACGAAGUCUACCAAAGAAGCCAUCAGAUGGAAUUCCAGUUGCUGUUUUAGAUGGUCUGGUGGACUAUAGAGCAUCACCCUUAAUGGCAGAAAGUUUAAAAGGGCUUCCCAAGACGUUAAUUAUUACAUGUGAAUUUGAUGUCCUAAAGGAUGAUGGUCUCUUAUACAGGGCUCGUUUGUUGGAUGCUGGUGUCAAAGUGACCCAUUUAAAUUACAUGAGUUACCAUGCCUUUUUGCUAGUUCAAGCCUUGCCUUAUUUUGAAACCGAGGAGUUAAAUCAGGCAUUGAGAGAUAUAGUUGACUAUGUGAAAGGAGUGUAAAAGAGAGUCUAAAAAUCUAGUUAAAUUUUUAUUGUCAAAAAGUUUAAAGAAAUUUUUCAGAAAGACAUUGCAUCCCAUUUGACUUGAUUCACAUCUUGAAAAGAGUAGAACAAACUAUAAAAGUUUAGUUAAAUUUUUAUUGGCAAACAAUUUUAGAUAAUUUAUUUUAAAAGACAAUGCAUGAUAAAAAUACAUCUUGAUUCAUCAGAUAGAAAGGAACCUUUUUGAUCACAUUUUGAAAAGUUAGACUUGUGCACAAGAGUAACCCAGGGCUGGACCAACACUCAGUGCCUUAAAAUAAUUGAGAAGAUUGUCAGCAGAUGGUUAGACAUUCUAGUCUCCUCAAACAAGGAUGAAAAACAAAGGCCCCAUCUCCUCUGUACUGGUUAGUAGGAGAAGUUAAAGAACCCACACACUGCAGGCAAAGAGUAGGGAGCAUAGUUCUCAAUACUGUGGUCUAGCCUUGUAUCCCAAAAUAAAUUCAUAAACAGGGUGCACCUGUAAAAAUUCUCUUUGAAAAAUUGUAGACUGCUCAAUGCCCAGCCAUUGUCAGGCCAAAAUCCCCCACAAAGUGUUGUGAAGCAUACUAGAGCAUAUUUAUUAAUGUAGUGUAAUCUACAUGUUAAGGAGAAUAGGCGAGACGUAAAAUGCAUCUUCAUAACCUUUGUAAAUCAUGUUUUGGGAAGUUAGACUUUUUUUUUUGACGUUUCGAGUGCUGGCCCUUCAUCAGAACAAAUGGAGGAAUUGUGGGUUAUGUGUGGUUUUAUAUGCAGUAAGUGGAGCUACACUACUGGUGGGAAAAUGGUGACAAGAAAACUCUUUACGUUAACUCUUUACAGUGGCAAAUUUACAGUAUCAACCUAGUUGAUAAAACCAAAUUACCUUGUCACCCCCUCAAGAUAGGAAUGUCAUGAUACAUGUAAGCACAUGUUACAUGCCUGUCCUGUUCUCGGGAAUCAUGGGUUUGUAAGACA